AUGAAAGAGCACAGAAUGUCUGGCACCGUCCCCGCCUCGCCCGCCGCCGCCGCUGCCCCGGCAGCAGUAGCAGCAACAACAGCACCGCUGCCGCCUCCGCCGCCGCCGCCACCACCGCCUCCGCCGCUGCCGCCGCCGCAGGCCGCCGCGUCUCCUUCGGGAGAAGUGACCAUUGCGGAGGGUGGCCGCACCGUGACCUUCCGGGCGCCGGAGGGAAGGCGCGCUAGCGCGGCCUUCUUCCGGCAGAUGUUUGCCGCCGUCUCCGGCUCCUCCUCCCCCUCCCCCUCCUCCUCAUCCGCCGCCGCCGCCGCCCCCAAGAAGGGCAAGAAGAGGGUCAUUCAUGCCGAGCCCUCCACCGCCGACGACGACGAGGAGGAGCAGCCCAAGAAGAAGAAGAAGAUGAAGAAGGCCAAGAAGCCCCCGGCGGCCCCUCAGGGGCAGGGAACGUCGUUGUUCGCGGCCGAGCGCCGGGCCAAGGCCGCCGAGAAGGCCAAGGCCAAGGAGCUGGAGCAGCAGCAGCAGCAACAGCAACAACAGCAGCAGCAGGAGGAUGAGAAGGAGAAGGAGGUCAAGAAGGAGGACAACGACGACCGCUCGGUCUUUUGUUAA